AUGGAGGCAGUGGAGUUCGAGGCUCAAAGUAAGCUACCACGAGGAGACUCAGAGAAGAGAUGGCGGGACGUAAUCAAGAAGGACCUCGCCGAAGCUAAGGUGACGGCAGAAGAUGCCGUAGAUAGAAUGAAAAGGAGACGGCUGACAAGAACAACGGACUCUGCGACGGGAAUUAACGCUAGGGAGAAGAAGAAGAAGAAGUGUGCAUGUGUAUGUCGGUCAAGUCAAUUUUGGAGUCCAUCUUAUGCCCUGGCUGAAUGGUUUUUUGGCACUCCAAAGUGUCUCAUUUGCUACACUUGGAGCCGCAGGUCGUAG